AUGUGGACUUCUGCCAAGUUUCUCCUGAUCGCCUUGAUUACAGAAAGUCUGAUUGCUGAUCACUGCCCACAAAUCUGUACCUGUGAUAGCAUCAAGCAUCAAGUCAUUUACUUAGACAGGAAUCUGACUAAGCUGCCUGUUAAUAUCCCUCAGAUUACUAAAAAGUUGGCUCUUCAAGAUAACAAAAUUAUAGUGAUUCCUUUAGGAACCUUUUUGUCCAUUCCAUUUGAACCUUCACUCACCCAUUUGAACCUUCGGAGAUGCAAGAUAAAAAACAUUGAGGAAGGAACUUUCAAGGGAUUAGGACAGCUAGUUUACCUCAAUCUGGCUUCUAACAAUAUAGCCUUCAUCGAUCAAAAAUCCUUAGAUGGCCUCUCUUCCCUCCAUCACAUUUUAGAAAAUAAUCAUAUUGAAGAAAUAAAGCCAGGAGAUUUUGGACAACUUGGAUUCCUUCAUUUAUUGAAUCUGGCCAAAAACUUAUUGGUUUACCUGCUAGAUAUGGUUUUCCAGGGACUUCAGAUGUUCAAGUGGAUCAAUUUGUCCCAUAAUUCUUUUGGUGGAUUACCAACACUCAGAAAUCUAAGUCUACACCACAAUGAAUUGCAGUUCUUUCCCACUGAGGCAUUGUCUAGACUAUCUGGCAUAAAUCGGCUGGAUUUAGGACACAAUCCCAUCACUUACAUUGAUGAGGAGGCCAUUGAAAUAACUAAUCUCAAAUAGCUUUACUUGGAUAACAUGGCCCUUCAGGAGAUCUCAGACAGAGCUUUUGUCAGGAGCCCCUUACUCCACACUCUUGACUUGCACGACAACCAGAUUUUGGUAUUGCAGCCCCUGGUAGAAAUGGUCUGCCAUAAAAGAAUAAACUUAACAGGCAACUCUAUGCUUUGUACCUGCUACAUGCGUCCCCUCAAAGAGUGGGCUGACAAGGCAAAAAUACAUAUUGACAUAGUAUGUUCUGGUCCUCCGGCCUUUCAGACUUUAGAAGAGGAGCUGCUUCCAACAAUAAUCAGCAGAAAGCCAGAGGAGGGUGCUGUAAAAUGUCCAAAAGAAUGUAUUUGCUUAUUAGAUUACCAGCAUGGGAAGUGUGAUAACAAAAAUCUCUUGCAUAUACCCAAAGGAUUUCCUAGCGACACUCAACUUCUGGACUUGCAACACAAUGAGCUCCGUUCCAUACUAAAUGGUUCCUUCCUUGGCUUGAAAAACCUGACCUCACUUCACCUGCAGAACUGUAAGAUUAAAGUGCUACAGCCUGGUGCUUUUCGGGAUCUAAGAACACUCAUCUAUCUUUAUCUGCCUAAUAAUGAUAUAUCUUCCAUUGGUGCUGGUAUUUUCAGAGACACCACCCAACUUGCUUAUCUUUUUCUAUAUUACAACAAAUUCACUCAAAUGCCCAGGGAUGACUUCAGGUACUUGCUCAACCUCUUCGCUUUCCACUUGCAACACAAUUCAAUCAGUCAGCUGUCUGAUAGCGCUCUGGCUGGGAUGAAACAACUACGCUGUCUUUACUUAACAGGAAAUCAUAUUAUAUACCUGUCUCCUAAGGCUCUGAAGCAGGCCAAGAUGCUGGAGAAACUGCAUCUAGACAAGAAUUCUUUGCAAGAAAUUUCCACUGAGGCCCUUACAGGAUUGUCUAUACUCAAUGAACUGAAAUUGUCUAAGAAUCCUAUAAAAUACAUUGGAAACGGUGCUUUCCUUUCAAUUGUGAGAUCUCUGCAGCACUUGUAUCUGGAUAACAUGGUCCUUGAACAACUAAAGGAUGAAAUCAGUUUCCCCAAAGUACAGCCUCAUAAAUAUGGAAAUAAAAUCCAAAAACGGAUACAUUUAAUUAGAAUUUCCAGAAAAGAAAUACAGGAAAUAAAAUCUCCAGCCAACAAUUAUUGGUGGCUUGAUAACUUGAAUCUGAGAGUAGGGGCUACUUGUGGCUCUCCACCAAAUGUAUAUAGCCAAAAAGUGAAGCUUGUCACCAUCUUCCAAAGUUUCCCAGGGUGGAAUAUACAGAAGGUCAAACAAGCCAGCUUAACUGUAUCUGAAAUCAGGGAUGGGACUCGCUCCAAAUGAGGGAUGCAGGUGCCGAGUUCAGGAGUGAAGGAAAACAAGAAAAGUAAAGCAUGAAUGAGAAGUCCCUUGAUAUAAACAUACUUUCAGUUUCUCAUAACGAUAAGAAAUUUGAAAAGGAAGACCUUGGUAUAUGCUUUUAUCUGUUGAUCUACAUUAUUUGUCUAGUUACAAUGAUCAAUCCGUAAUGUGAAAAACAAAGUACAUUCAAAAUUAUGCAUAAUAUAGUUAUUGUCUAUAAACUAUUAUAAUUUGGAAAAUAUGUACAUUUAUUUUCCUUUAUAUACAGUAUUUAGCUACAGUAAUUGUAGGGCAAUACAAAUUGACCAGUCCAUUUGGAAAGCAAGAUUUAAACAUGUUUUCCAUAUGUUUGCUUUAAAAAAAAAACCUGAUUUAACAAUUAAAAUUGUGAAGUUUGUGCUGUAUUUAUACUGUUUCUGAAUUGUGCCUUGUUCUCCAAGUGGGUACCAAUUAGAUAUGUUGAGACUACAACUCCCAAAAUUCCUAGCAAGCACAGAAACUGAUUCUUUUCGGUGUAGAAGAAUGAUGCUUUGGGUAAAUC